AUGUCACCUCCGCAAUGCAUGCCCUUCCCAACCAACACCUCUUCUUCAACACAUAAAUUCUACAUUUCUACUGAUAUUCUUGAUAUCAUGGCACCUGAUCAGCAAACACAGCCAACAUGGGCAGAACUACUAGGAAGCAAUGAAUGGAAAGGUCUGAUUGACCCUCUUGACCUCAGCCUCAGGAAACUCAUCCUGAGCUGUGGUGACAUGAGCCAAGCCACUUAUGAUGCCUUCAUCAGAGAUCCAAAUUCCAAAUACUGUGGCUACGGCCGCUACGGCCGCAAGUCAUUCUUCCACAAAGUGUUCCUACCUUGUGCAUCAGAUUACCAACUCAUCUCCUUCCUCUAUGCCACUGCAAGCAUUGAUGAUGACUUCUUUGACGACGCCAUUGUCAGACCGAGGUGCCCCGCCGUCCCACUCCAACGCCAGUCCAAUUGGAUCGGAUACGUUGCUGUCACCACCGACGAAGUCAGCAAGGCCAACGGCAGGCGUGACAUUUAUGUGGCGUGGCGUGGAACCGUCCGACCAAUUGAACUAGAAGUAGAUUUACACACUAAGCUCGUGCCUGCCACACCAUUAAUGUCCGGCUCUCGACGAAAUGACAAUUAUCAUGGUGGUCAUAAGGAAGAUGCCGCCAAGGUCAUGGAGGGUUGGCUCACAAUUUACACCUCCAGCAACCCGGACUCUCCAUUUCCAAAAACCAGCGCGCAGACUCAAGUUCUAUCAGCCAUCACAAAAUUGAUGGAAGUGUACAAGCACGAAAACGUAAGCUUGAUAUUCACGGGACAUAGCCUAGGUGGGGUACUUGCUGCUCUAAGCGCUUUCAAUGUGGUGGAAACUGGUGUAGUUGCAGAUCAUGUCCGGGUAGGGGCUUUCGUGUUCGGUUGCCCAAAGUUAGGCAACAAAGUGUUCUGUGACAAGCUUAAGGCUCUGCAAAACCUGCGAAUCUUACAUGUGAGGAAUGUUUUAGACCUUGUACCAAACUUCCCGGUCACAGUGCCCGGGUAUGAACCAUACGCAGGAAUUGAGCUACAGAUUAAUAGUAACGAUUCGCCAUUCUUGAAAGCUUCGUUGUCUCCAUGGGACUGGCAUAAUUUGCAAGGUAUGUUACAUGUAGUUGCGGGUUGGAAUGGAAAAGGAGGGAAGUUUGAGCUGAAGGUGAAGAGGAGUUUGGCUCUUGUGAACAAGUCUAGUAAUUUUCUUAAGGAUAAAUAUCAGGUUCCAGAGUCAUGGUGGGUUGAAAAGAAUAAAGGCAUGGUGCUUGAUAAAGAUGGAGACUGGGUUGAGGCCAAGCCAUUCCAAGAGGACUAA